GAGGGCUUCUAGAGAGAGGGAAGGAGGAGUUCUAGAGAGAGAGAGGGAGGAGUUCCAGAGAGAGAGUGUCUCGAUAGAUUCGGGAACGGUAAAUACCGGUCAGGGCAAUAAAAUCGGUCGAGUCUCUUUCUCUCUCUAAAAACGGGAUGUUAAUUUUGAAAUUUAAAUUUGGUUCCUAUAUUUCCUGUCGUUGAGAAUGGGGGAUGUUAAUUUUGAAAUUUAAAUUUGGUUCCUAUAUUUCCUGUCGUUGAGAAUGGGGGAGUCUUUUUAGGGAUCAACUCGGUUUCCAAAAAAUAAAGAGUUGUGCAAGAGGGUUUUAGAGGAGGGAUAGGGGGUUUAGAGCGAGGGUUUUAUUUGCAGGAAGGAUCGAGUUCUCUGCAAUGACUUUAGAGAGAUAAUGAGAGCUGUGUAAAUCCUGGUUAGAGAGAGAGAGGAUUCCUGUGGGCAGGCCUGGGUUGCAGAGAGAGAGGAGAGAGGAUCAAUGUGAAUAAGGGAACUUGCAGAGAUUUCUUUCUGCAUUAGAAGGUAGAGAGAGAGAGGGGUUUCUUUGAAAGGUAGAGUUUGACAGAAAGGAAAUAGAGGUUCUUGGGGGCGAGAAUGGAGUUUUAAGAAAGAGAAAGCGAGGAGUUUUUCUUUGAGAGAGAGAGUAGUUUUAAGUCUUGAACUCCCAUCUUAAUCUUAGAGAGAGAGAGAGAUCUUAGAGAAAGGGUGGGAGUCAGCUGUAGUGAUAUUCUCGAGAGAGAGAGAGAGAGAGAGAGAGAGAGAGAGAGAGGUAGAGAAGAUGGGGGUGAGUGGUGUGGACGUGGUGAGCGAGUUGGAGCUUCUUCUGAAUUACAGGUUCCUCAACCGUCAGCUCCUUGAGGAUGCCCUCAUCCACUCUUCCAUUGGAGGGCCAACGUCGUACGAGAGACUGGAGUUCGUGGGUGAUGCUGCCAUUACACUAGCAUUUACCAACCAUGUCUACAUGACCUACCCCACUCUGCCCCCUGGCGAUCUCAGCCUCCUGCGUGCCGCCAAUAUUAGCACCGAGAAGCUCGCCAGGGUCGCCGUUAAGCACGGUUUCUACAACUAUCUCCUCCGCGAUGCUCCCAACCUCGAUGUGAAGGUCUCAGAAUUCAUUGAAGCCAUUAACAAGAGCCCUGAUGAGGUCGAUUGGCUAAUGAAAGCCCCUAAAGUGCUUGCUGAUGUGGUGGAAUCCAUUGCUGGUGCUGUGUUUGUAGAUUCUGAUUACAACCUUCAGAUGCUUUGGAAUGUUUUCCGCAAGUUUUUUGAGCCCAUCAUCAACCCAGUGACCCUUAAAAACCAUCCACUCACUGAGCUUCAAGAGCGUUGUCAAAAGAAAGGGGAGCAGUUAGAAUUCUCGCACAAGAAUAAGGGGAAUUUGAAUGUAUUUCAUGUGUUGGUUGAUGGGAAAUUCAUGGGGAAGGGAAGCAAUGAGGUAAAGGAAGUGGCCAAAUUGUGUGCUGUGAAGGAUGCACUCGCAAAUUAUAUGAAGAUCGAAGAGGAAUCAUCUCCUGAUACCACUUUGAUGGGUACUGAAAAUGAUCCCAAGUUGGAAAAAGACUUUGAUGAAGAUGGAGGCAGGAUGCCUCUAGAUAAUGUUGUGAAGAGAGAACCUACGAGCCCUAUGAUUGACGAUGUUAGGGAGAGAAAGGUGGCGAGACUCAUGAUUAAUAAUGUUAAGGAAGAGAGAAAAUUGUUGAUACCCGUGAGUAAAGGUGGCACAGAGAAAGAAUCAUGGAAGCACAUUCUACAAGUCUAUUGCUGCAGGAAGCGCUUGGGCAAACCUACUUAUGAUCUCGUAAAAGAAUAUGGCCCUGGUCAUGAUAAGAGGUUUCAAUGCUCAGUUCAAAUUACAAUGGCGACAGGAGAGCCCUUCUGCAUAAUAGGAGAACCAAAACCGAAGAUGAAAGAUGCAGAGAACUCUGCGGCAAGUGUGAUGUUAAGUUAUUUGCCAGACUUUGUUGACCGAAUGAUGAUCAGUUGAAUAAUUUAAAGUGUUCUCAAGCUAUCACCAUGAUAAUAUAUGGUUUUAAUUUAAGAUUCCCUUGUACAUAGUGUGGGAGUGAACUUUUGCUCUUGAGGGACAUAGAUGUCUCGCUUUCUUGGUUUGGACAAUGAUAAAAUCUCUCUCUCGUAAUCUCUCUCUCUCUUGCUAUAUAUAUAUAUAUAUAUCUCCCUCGCAAUGUCUCACAUCAAGCACAUGAAAAGCUCAUAAUAAUUUCACGUGU